CUUAAAUUACAGUUUGAACUUGAAUUAAUUAGUUGGAAAUGUUUAUCACACGAAAAUAUACGACAAAUCUGAACCACAGGACUGUUUAUUUAUAAACUAUAAAUAUACUGGAUAAAACGCGAUACAAAGGUUCUACACGCUUUCUACGGGUUCUAUCAUUGCCAGACUACCAGGCGUGUAAAUAUUUCACAUGAUUUGACUCAACGCGUGCGAGUGCAUCAGCUGAUGCAUUGUCCAUUAUAUGCUCGAUACAACUCGAUGGAAAUAUCACCCACAGAUAACCUAUGAAUGUGGUUAGUCCAGUAUCUCAGUUCCCGUUCAUGGGAUAUUUUAGUUCACCAGCAAAACACAAGGAUUAUCAGAAAACCUCAAGUCGAAGUGGUAGGACAAAAGAUCGAAAGGUAUGAGGACUUAAAAAUUGGUCUGGACUAUAUCGAUACCAUAAUGUUUACAUGAUGAUAUAGCGGAGCAAAGGUUUAAUGAUGGUAGGGUUUACUAGUGGAAGAGAAAAAGCAAAAGAGAAAAUAAUGUUAAUCUGCAGGGCCGGUUCAGAGGCCUUCAGAGCAUGACCAGCGCCAUAAACCGUGGGUUAAAAUUUAACCCAUACAUACUUAUAAUACGUAUUUCUGUGCGUCUGUUUAUUUCAAAACUUUCGAAAAUUGAACUUGAUCCUGACAAGAUUUCUUGAAAAAAUAUUUCCAAGUUUAUGAGCAAGCCGUUGGGAAGUUAGUUUAAUUGAAGUUUUGAAGUGAAUCCUGGAUUAAUUUAAGGCAAUUGGCUUUCAACCAACCGGCCCUGAUGGCUACAUAUUGCGAAACGUAGUUUAAUUUGAUUGUUUGUAGAAGUGUCAACAGUUCUCACGUUGACAGCACGUGCAUGCAACCCAUUUUAAACGCUUCAGUCUCGAGGCCACCAAUACCUACAAUUUUAUAAGCCUGAGAGAGAGAGCAGUUGUGAACCUAUAACUUUUGGUACUGGAAUUGAAUAGUUGACAGCUGAACUCUGUGGCGUCUCGGGUGUCCUAUAUUUUAUUGCCACCUCAUUCACAAUCAAUCAGUAUUGUGUACAAUAAUACGCUUUUAUUGAUAUACAUCAGCAAUGAAAUAUCAUGAUUCAUGAACUAUAAUUAAGUAUUGUUUAACUGGAGUCAUAUUGACAUUAAUAAUUGAAUCAUGUUAGCGCAGCAUUUUAACAACAAUAUAUUCAGCGUAACAUUCAACUAAACUGAAUAAGCUUUUAAAACAUAUUUUCACCUUGGGUUUAUAUUUUGUGUGAUUAGAAAAACUUACUUUGUUAGUGUAAAUACUACAUAUUUCGAAUCUUCACGUGUCCAAUUUCUAGAGCCUGGGAACUAGGUUGUGGUCGCUAACAAAGUGUUCUGUACAAUGUAAUCAUGUGUAUAAUAAUCGUCCGCAUGCGUUAUAUGACUUUACUUUUUUUUCACAUCACAUGACUGAUGUCCGUAGCGAGAAUCGAACCCACCAUCUCAGAGAUAGAGGCGAAAGGCGCUUGCUUAGACGAGUUCGAGAGAACGAAGCCCCAAUAGGCUAAUACAUGACUCCUGGCCACUCUUACUCUAACGAUUAGCGCAUGACGAGGCUCAACAACGCGCAUGAAACCAUAGUUGAUAGAAGCUUUGACGAGUUCGAGAGAACGAAGCCCCAAUAGGCUAAUACAUGACUCCUGGCCACUCUUACUCUAACGAUUAGCGCAUGACGAGGCUCAACAACGCGUAUGAAACCAUAGUUGAUAGAAGCUUUGACGAGUUCGAGAGAACGAAGCCCCAAUAGGCUAAUACAUGACUCCUGGCCACUCUUACUCUAACGAUUAGCGCAUGACGAGGCUCAACAACGCGCAUGAAACCAUAGUUGAUAGAAGCUUUGACGAGUUCGAGAGAACUAAGCCCCAAUAGGCUAAUACAUGACCCCUGGACACUCUUACUCUAAUGAUUAGCGCAUGACGAGGCUCAACGCGCAUGAAAUCAUAGUUAAUAGAAAACAUUGUUUCCUAUUAACUAUGAUGAAACCUAAGUACCCUAAAUUGAAAACCUGCCUCGACAAGCACCCAGACAUAAUCCAUCGUUAGAAUGAAAUCUCAAACUGAAUUUUGUAUAAAAUCAAACCAAGCCAACUCUAUGCAAACGAACGAGGACACCCGAAUGGAUUUCACUCCACAAUCAGUUGUAAACGCCUUGGCUCUUGAGCGCGUCGAGAAGACAAAACAUUUUAGAAAAUCGUCCUCGGCAAGAUACAACGUAACGAGCUACGAUACAAAGCACAAGGUAUUGCAUGUUUACCAUCACCUUAGAAUAUAUACAGCUAUUUCCAUUAAGGUUGUCCACGAGCAAAGCGGAAAAGUCGAAUACGAGCGCGCGAAAGGCUGCUGGGAAUCGCUUUGAAAAUUCAUUAAUUUGUUAGCGAUUCCCAGCAGCAUUUCGCGCUCGUAUUCGACUUUUCCGCUUUGCUCGUGGACAACCUUAAUUGAAAUAGCUGUGUACAUGAACUUGUGGUUGGGGCUCAACCAAUGGACUCUGCGGUAGCUCAGUUGGGUAGAGUGCUGCACUGGAAUCACAGGGCCGUAUAUAGGUUCGAUUCCUGUCACUCUAAAAACACUCUGGUUAAAUUUGGGUAAAAUUAACCAUUUUCCUGGUUAAAAGUCAAAAAAAGUGUACCAAAUUUUUGUUGAAUUGAUAAUUUUUAACCAGGAAAUGGGUUAAAUUUAACCAGAAUGUGUUGGGUGGAUUAUUAACCCAAUUCCUGGUUGAAUUUAACCAGAGUGUUUUUAGAGUGUAUAGUUGCAUUUUCUAGUCGCAACUGCUCCUCGUUAGGUCAGUCUAACAAAUGUAUAAAAAUUCAAAUGUAUAAAAAUUCAAAUGUAUAAAAAUUACCAUCUACAAAUCUCUUCUAUACAACUAUGCAUGUUUUAUAACAGAGAUGGUCAACAGGCCUUAAAAUAUCGGUCGGUCACGGACAUUGUCCGACCCAUUCGUGAAAUUGUCCGACGUGGCCAAGGAAACCACCGGACAUUCUGUCCGACCAAAGUGAAACUGAGGUUUAUUGUUUGUCCGACCCGAGUGUAUUGGUGUCCAAACCGAACUGUAGCUUUGUCCGACGUAAAUCAAAAUGUACCCUAGCCAGGACUAGAGGCUUGUAUGUUAAAUGCAUGGAAAAUCAGAGUACUAUUGUAUAAAAGGUGUACUGGAAAUGUUGUUUUAACGUAGUCGAGCACGCGGCGGCGAGCGAAAUGGUGAAGUGGAAAACGGGCUUAAGUUGUCGAAGUCUUUUUUAUUAUACUGCUGUUCUGGAAAGCAAGUUAAUUUUGGCUUGGAAAUAAGUAUGAAAGAAACAAAUUAUUUAAUAUUUUCACAACAUUUACUGUUUAUUCAUUUGUGUCAUUCAGACUUAUUUCCGAGUCAAAAAUGAACUGAAGGCGGUCAUCGGACAGAUGUCCGACCCAAACUCAACGUCACCGGACAUUUCCCAGACGGCCCUGGGAAAAGAUAUUUUAAGGCCUGUGAGAUGGAUGAUUCGUUUCGACGAAUUUCAGUAAAGAAACGACAGUCUGAUGAUCUUCCAAAUUUUACUACUAACAUUACGUUCGAACUCAUCAAUUGUAUACACCUAUUUCAAUUAAGGUUGUCCCCGAGCAAAGUGGAAAAGUCGAAUACGAGCGCGAAAGGCUGCUGGGAAUCGCUAAUAAGUUCAUUCAUUUAUCAACGAAUCCCAGCAGCCUUUCCCGCUCGUAUUCGACUAUUCCGCUUUGCUCGGGGGACAACCUUAUUUGAAAUAGCUGUAUGACGAAGUUUCUUGGGCGAAAUAAGAAAUGACGUAGGUCUGAUACAAUCUCUAUAUAAUUGCCAGUUUUAUCAAAUAUAGAAUAUGUAUAUUGAAGGCCCCAUGCUGACUCUGAAAUUGGACGAAAACAACUUUAAAACUUAUCGUGACUAGACGUGAUGACCCCUACGGUUUAAAUUGCCCACUUUCGGUAAUACGCCCAAUAUACACUCGUGAACAGGCCUAUAGCCACGAAGGGGGAGGGAUUGCCAUUAUACCAAUAUACUGAUAAUACUAACUCAAUAUACCUGUAUACCUAAAUUCCAGGCUACAUGUAAGAUAUUCUGUACCCGUAUUCCAACCUAUUUUAACAAUAAAGUUCUGUAUAUACCAAAACUAAAAUGGCCUAAAUACCAAUAUACUCGAAACCCCUGGUUGGGCCUGCGUUUUAGGACCUUUUAGUUUGAACACACGUGGCGAAGUUAUUCAAUUUUCAAGUUGUUGGUAGAAUGUAAAAUCUAUUUUAGAUUAUUUGCCAAUUUUAACCGGAUUAUACAAACAGUGUACAAACUCAAGACGAAUUACUAUCGAGAUGAACUAGCCAUAGAAUUGCGUGAUCUGUGCUGGCAAUCAGGGUUCCGGGAACAAAUCAUAUCUGAUUCUUCCUGACACAUCGCGGUCUAAUCCUGUGUUUAUAAACAGCAAAGUGAGGCGAAAUUAUGGUAGGAAUCAGAGUAUGCCAGUAGUUAGAGGAGUGAAAGCCAACCCACUUAAAACACUUAACCUUUGAAAUCCUCUCACUUCCUACAUGGGGAACACAAGUUACUCAACGAAAAAUUUUAAUUCUCUCUCUAUUAAUUAUAAAAUGACUUCCUAUGAAACAUGUUUACAAUGGCGCAGGAACACAAUGUUGACAAAGAAUCAUUGUCUCUAAUGACGUCAUUAUCAAGCCCAAUAGCCGUUGUGUCUUCCUGCACGCAAACAUCGUGUAUAAAAGCUAAUUGCCGUUCUUUGCAUGCAAAAAUAUAAACACUCUGUGAACUCAGUCGGUGGUGAAAGACUAGUUAGAGAAGAAGGUGAAUCAUGCUUAUUUCGCUAUCAGGAGAAGAUAUUGAGCAACUCGAUGAUGUAUGAACUCUUUCUGCUAUAUUUGUUGAUAUCUAUAUAUAUAUAUAUACUUGACGUUGUUGGGAGUAUUUGAAUUUACUAAGAGUUAUUACAUGCAGGCGUAGAGCAUAUAGACUUGGGGGUGAAACUUCCUGUCGGUUAUUUCUGAACAAACUGAGAAAAAUAGGAAGAAUUUUUCGACGAUUUUUCGAACUAUAGCAUUUCUUCAGGAAGUCAAUAGCUCUGGGCAAUAUAGGCACAGUUUGUUCAUGUGUAAUUUGACAUCAAUAUUCGCCUCAUUUGCAUGUGAGAGCCGGGAGAUCUAGACUGUAGUUCAACACACCAACAUAGCAGAUGAAGCAUAGAACCGUAUUCUGUUUCCUGCAUUAAUCAAUAUGAGAUGAACCUUAUACUGCAUCUCUAGGUUUAGAACUGAUAGAGUUAUGCAGUAUAAAUAGUUUAGGUUUAGUUUAGGUUUCCUCCUGUAGGAAGAGAUGACCCUUACUGGACCGCUAGGGAGAACAGUUUAGAACUGACAAAACUAUCAAGUAUAAAUAAAGUUAGUUUAGUUUAGGUUUCCUCCUGUAGGAAGAGAUGACCCUUACUGGACCGCUAGGGAGAACAGUUUAGAACUGACAAAACUAUCAAGUAUAAAUAAAGUUAGUUUAGUUUAGGUUUCCUCCUGUAGGAAGAGAUGACCCUUACUGGACCUCUAGGGAGAACAGUUUAGAACUGAUAGAGUUAUCCGGUGUGAAUAAAGUUAGUUUAGUUUACUGGUCAAUAAGACAAUAAAAGUCCCCCUUACUUAACUUCCAAGGAGAACAGUUUAGAACUGAUAAAGCUAUCCAAUAUAAAUAAAGUUAGCCGGACAUGAAUACAUUUAAACAUGUGCAUAAUUUAUUUGCAGACUAAGAAAAUCGAGACGGAAGUUCUGCUGUCAUUGAGUUAUCUUCCAACAGCAGAAAGAUUGUCUGUGGUGGUUAUGAAAGCCAAGAAUAUAGAAAUAAAAUCGGAGGAAACGAUUACGAAAAACAAGACUACAGUUCCGAGUGAGUAGGAGAACUAUUCCAUGAUCAUUUUUUAGUUAUUGACGAUGUAUAUUAGAGGUUUAGGUUAUAACUAUUCUUCCUUUACUCUGCGGUGAAUUAUUCAGCCUGUGACAUUGGCCAUGGUCUGGACCUCUUGGAAGAACAGUUAAGAACUGAUAGAGCUAUCCAGUAUAAGUAAAGUUAGUUUAGUUUAGGUUUCCUCCUGUAGUAAUAUUGGAUCAAUAAGAGAUGAUCCUUACUGGACCUCUUGGAAGAACAGUUUAGAACUGAUAGAGCCAUCCAGCAUAAAUAAAGCUAAUUUCAGUUUUCUACUUUAAUGAUAGUGGAUCAAUAUGGGUGAUCUUUACUAGCUAAAACAGUUUAGAAUUGAUAGAGUUCACAGAGAACAAAUUACUAAGAUUAAAUGUUACCCCUAAUAAUCAACUAUUAUCCAUAACAAAUACUUUACAUCAUCCUCAACCCCUAACAAUCAACUGUUAUCCAUAACAAAUACUCUAUCAUCCUUCUAGAUCCCUUUGUCAAAGUAUGCCUCAUUUACGCGGGUCGGAAGAUCAAGAAGAAAAAAACAUCGGUGAGAAGGCAGGAAAAGAAUCCAGUCUACAACGAAUCCAUGAUUUUUGACGUCCCUGCGAACUUCUUGCAUAAAAUCGGUUUCCUUAUUACAAUUGAACAUAAAAACUUUGAGAACGAGCAGACUACAGUACUGGGGCGAGUUGUGAUUGGGUCCCCUGUGCAUAAUAACGCAUUACGUCAUUGGAACCAAAUGCUGGCCUUCCCAAGGCGACCUGUGGCCGCCUGGCAUAAGGUCUUUCAUCUGGGGUAGCUUGAAAAUGACGGUUUGGAGAAAUGGACUCCAUAAAGAUAUUACGCGGGAUUUACACGCGGGACAUUCACGUCUGAAUCGCACAUGGCUAACACGCGUGUCCAUCACCUGCAGAUGGCUGUGACAGUCCAGUAUAUUAAGAUUUAGUUUAUAAGUUCAGUAAACUCUUCAUUUCCUCUCUAGGAAGCAAAAUAUAUUCAAUCAGAAACCAUGACUUAGCAUUUUACUCUGUCUAAUGCCAGACAAUUUUACGUCAAAAGAGAAGUCUACAAAGACUAUAUUAUCACGGAUGAGAAAGAGUUAUUCAGCAGUUAAAGAACUAACUCCUUAUAAACUCUAUUUCCGUGUCGAUCAUGUUUAAUGUCAAACCAUUUCACGUCAUAUUCCACGCGCGGGAAAGCCUUAACAAUAAACAGACGUGUAUUUAAAGUAUAAUAGAUUUAAUAUAUUAAGAACAUGUAAAUAUAUGUAUAUAAAAUAUUGGGAGAAUAUUGAAGAAUAUUUGUAUAUUAUUACAAUGCAAUGAAUAUUUUAUGUAAACGACUGAAAAAUUAUAUUAUUUUGUUGUUUCAUUUCCAGCUUUGCG